AGUUUUUUUUUUCUUUUAAAUCUCUGAAAUAACUUUGAUGGAAUUGAUUUUAGAGCAUGUUUUUCAGAUGUAAGCAUAGUUCUGGUAUCGAUACAGUAAACUAUGGCUGAUAAGUGAUUUGGAGCCCUUGUAAUGCCAUUGCUUAUCUAAGCAAAUGUGCAUUGUUUCUGUAGUUUCAUGACUUAAAAUCGGCAAGCUAGAUAAGUCAUUACGUUAUACAGUAAGAGUUCAGCAAGCGUGGACUUACAAGGUGUGUUCACCUUUGCCUGUAGGGAAUCGAUUAUCUGUUGAAACUUUCUACCAUUACUCUCGCUUCUGCAAAAAAAUUGUUCCUUUUCUUGCUACAAAGGAUGACCUUUCGUGUUUCUUCCAAAACAAUGGCAAACAGCCAGCUCUGCAUUCGACGGUGGACUACAAAGCAUGUAGCUAAAUGGCUGAGAGAGGAAGGCUUCUGUGACUAUGUGGACAUGCUAUGCAAUCAUCACCGUCUGGAUGGUACAGCUUUGUUAGCUCUUACAGAAUAUGACCUGAGAUCACCCCCACUAGAAAUUAAGGUAUUAGGGGACAUUAAACGUUUAAUGUUGUCAAUACGCAAAUUGCAAAAACAACAUGCUGGUGUUUUGGAGGAACUGGGUCUGAACACUGAGUCUCAAACAGGCUCACUCAGUAUCAGCGCCACACCAAACUCAGACUGGCUGUGCAAUGGAGAACUUUCUCAGGAGUAUAAUGGACAUGUAAGAGACUCUGGCAUGGAUCAGCAUCAGUAUUCCAAUGGGAAGCACAAAAAUCCAGCAAAAAGGCUUGAUCCUGAGUAUUGGAAGACCGCAAUCAGCUGUGUUUAUGUCUUCAUAGUGUUUGGGUUUACCUCUUUUGUGAUGGUUAUAGUCCAUGAACGUGUUCCUGACAUGCAGACAUAUCCACCAUUGCCAGACAUCUUUCUAGACAGUGUUCCUCGAAUACCAUGGGCCUUUGCAAUGACAGAGAUGUGCGGAGUUGUACUGUGUUACAUCUGGAUGCUUGUACUACUACUUCAUAAACACAGGUCAAUUUUGUUGCGUCGACUGUGCAGCUUGAUGGGAACAGUAUUUCUUUUGCGGUGUGUCACCAUGUUUGUCACAUCACUUUCUGUUCCAGGAGAACAUCUGCAGUGUUCAGGAAAGCUUUAUGAUAACAUCUGGGCAAAACUUCAACGAGCUUUUGCAAUCUGGAGUGGCUUUGGCAUGACACUGACUGGAGUGCACACGUGUGGUGAUUACAUGUUUAGUGGACACACAGUGGUCCUAACUAUGCUCAAUUUCUUUGUCACUGAAUAUACUCCUCGAAGCUGGAACUUUCUGCACACAUUAUCCUGGGUCCUUAACCUUUUUGGUAUCUUUUUUAUCUUGGCUGCGCAUGAGCAUUAUUCAAUUGAUGUCUUUAUUGCAUUUUAUAUUACCACCCGACUAUUUCUUUAUUAUCACACACUGGCUAACACCCGUGCCUACCAGCAGAGCCGACGAGCACGUAUCUGGUUCCCUAUGUUCUCCUUCUUCGAGUGCAAUGUUAGAGGACCAGUUCCUAAUGAGUAUUGCUGGCCCUUUUCUCGACCUGUUUUCCUGAAAAAUUUAUUUAGCUGAACUUUCGGUAAUAUAAAAUUUGGUAUAAAUGGAAUAUGCAUAGUGGAAUGCCAAUAAGAAGAAAAGAAUGAUCAUUAAAUCAUGGUUGAAAUUCAUGCUUUCAUUUACUCACAGCAGGAAUGCCCAGCUUGUCAAAGAAAUAAUGUGUACAUACAGUGAAGGGACUCAAGUCUACUUUUUUUCAAAGGCUUAUUUGUAAUUUAUUUGUAAUUGCACUGGAAACUUUUUCUUCCCCAGAUGGUAAAAGCAUUAGUCACUAUAGAUCCACGUUAAAAAAACAAAAAACAAAUCAUAACUAAAAUGUUUCCCAGGCUAAUGUAAAAUAAGGUGCUGAUGAUAUAAUAACAAACAUAUUUAUAACUUAUUUAGCCACUGUAUGUAAAUUACUAAGGAUUUUCAAGAGUAAGUUAUAUCUUCUGUCUACGUACAGCUUGUUUUUUGUAUAAUAAAUGUAGUUUAUGUCUAUGGAAGCAUCGCAAGUUAAUCAUGCUUCAGUAAUGUCAGGAUGCAAGAUUUGUGGAUUGUAGAUAACCUCUAGUUGUACGACAAAAGGAUUUGUUGUAUAACCACAAUAACAGUACCCAAAAUUUGAAGGAAAAAAAAAAUUUUUUUACAUGCCAUUACUUACAGUGUAUUUUGUUUUGGAAAUUGAAGGGUUACCUUUUAGACCUUUUAUGACCAGAGAGUUUAAUAUUGCACUGCAUGUGUAUGAAAAUAUGCAAGGAAUUAGUUUCAGUGCUCUAUUAUAACUAGUCAGUGUUAAUUAACCAUAAAACUGCAGUUGUUAAAUUAGGCUUAAAUGCUGAUUUGAGAAUUCAUAUCAGCCUUCAGAUUGCUGUAUAUGAUCUUGCACUGUAAGUUACCUGGUUUCAGGAUGUUUUUAAUAUGGCUGCUACUGUAACUUUAUUUACACUGAAUAUCUGUUAUUUAUUACACAGAUUUCAGUUUUCUAUUAUUCCGUUAAUGUACGACAUUUAAGUCGUAUGUAAAGUAAGACAUUUGUUUGCUGGCAACAGUGUUCUUAAAAUUUAAUGCAUGGGACCUAGGUUAAAUCUGGCAUUUUGCUUUGUGAGCCAUAUAAUGAUUUAGAAUCCGUUAAGUUUUUCUUCAAUCACUACAGUCUUUAAAUAACAGAGUAACAUACAGUCAAUAUAGCAGUUUUUGUGUGGGAAACAGAAUUGUGUAGGAACUACAUAUGUGCUGUCUCUGUCUGUCUGCCUGCCACUGCUGUGAUUUAAAAAGAAGAAGAAACUAAGCUGAUACUUGUUUUAAGAUUUCUGCUAUUAAGUACGACAUUUUAUUCAUCCAAAUUUGCACUAUUGUACAACCAGUGAUACUCUGUUUUGCUUUGAUUUUAAAUUGUUUUAUAAUUCACUGUGAUUAAUUAUUUCAAUACCUGCUUUAAUGAUCAGAAUUUAUUUACUAAUGUAUCUUGAGUUUGGGAUAUUUGUCCUGCUUAAAGAUGAAUUUUCUUCCAAGAUUCAUACACUUUAAAAGGUUACGUUAGUAUUUGCCUUUAUUAUGCAUUAUUCAUGUGUCCUUAUAUUUAAAAAAGAUAGCCAGAUCCUGCUGAUGAAAAGCAGCCUAACAGCAUGCCACUAUCACCUUGCUUAUCUGGUUAGGAAUGCUAAUAAAGUGAAUCUUGGGAGAAAGUUAAUCUUUCAGCAGGACAGUUAUGCAUCUGCUGUGGCUCAGAAACAAAAGGUAAAUGUCCAGCAGUGGCCCAGUCAAAGCCCUGAUCUCAAUCCAACUGAUAAUCUGAAAAAUGAAUCGUCAUCCAACUAACCCAAAUAACAUACCGACCAAAAUUAACAGUGAGCAAAGCUAGUACAUACUUACUCCUAAAUAAUUUGUUAUUGCUGCAAAAUAUAGCUGUAUUUGAUUUUAUUCUAACAUAAAACAUGUCACAUUUAAACCACAUUUCAGCAAAAUUCUGAAUUUGAAUGCUUUUAAAUAAAAAUAUUAUAGACAACACAUUUUCAAUGCAGGCUUUGUAUUUCAGUAAAAUGAGAGAACUGGUCAAGUGGAUGAUUACUUUUGCAAGGCACUGUACCAAAAGAUCAUAAGACAAAAGCUGCAUGAAAAAGUCAGAAGCAAUGGGGAAAAUGAUGAUGAUGUAUAUCUUUUUACAUUUUUGUUCUAAUUGUUUUAGCCAAUCUUCUGAUAUAGAGACUGAAAAUGUAAUCAAGUACUUGCUGCUAAUUAAGCUUCUAUUAUUGUUAUUGCUGCUUAAUGGUCCAUUGGGUUCUCCAGCCCAGAAGUAUCAUGAAGAAGUGGGGGGGAUGAUCCACAUGCCCAGGAUACACAUGUGAUAUCACUUUCAGCAGCACGUGACCGCCCCCCUAAAGCUGCAGGGCUAUAUAAAUACAGCCCUGCAUAUGCCAUAAGCCAUUUUCCAGUUUUUGGAAUUCCUAGUAAGGGAAAGGAAAAUAUUUUAUGUGGAUUCCAAUAAAGCUGAAGGAAGCAGUACAUUAAAUAUGCAUGAAUAAGACAUAAUGAUUUGUCUGCAAUAUUAUGGAGGGUUUAAUAGUUCAAAUAACAUUGUAUAAGAAAAGAACAAAACAAAUCAUAUUUAUAAACUCUCUCUUUGCUUGAAACCAAGAACUUAGUAUUAAGUAUAGUAUAUUUCUAAGUAUUGUAUUGGUGGAAGUUAAAUGAAUGGACAUGGAUUAGCAAAAUAAAAGUGUUAAAAUUCAAAUUAAACACAGGUAUUGUACAGUACAUAAUUUCUGAAUUAGAACUAUCUUUUUUCUGUUAAAUUAUUCAGAUAUAUAGACCUACUAUCUAAAAUAUAUUACUCCAUUUUUAGAUUUACAUGUCAAAAGCUUAUUGGUGGCAAAGAGAUCUCAAAUGCCACAAAAUAAAAUAUCAUUGAAAACAGGAGACUCUUUUUUUAACCCACUACAAAAAUAGAUAUAUUUACAAGCCGUGACCAUUACCAUAUAAAGAAAAUUACCAUAUUUGUUUGUAAAUGUAGUGCAGCAUCUCAACAUAAAAGAAAACAAGAAUUUAUUUGUUGAAUGCUUUUGUAUACUUCAGUUUAUUGUGCCUGAACUAUUGUUAUUUAACAAAGCUCCUUUAGUGUUUAUUAUUCUUUACACAAACAACUGUACCAGUAGUGUUAAAACUCUGGACACAGAUUCAGUAUCUAGCCCUCUUGUGCUUUUCUUGUUUUCCAUGUAUGCAAGUUCAUCCUUUAUGACCUAGUUAAUCCUGCCUAAAUACUAGUUGAUCAGAAAGGGAAUUGAACCAGUCUCCGGAUCAAACGAUUUAAUUUCAGUUACCUUGUAUUUUCUCACUUUUUUAACUAACCUUUUCUUGAAAUUAUGUAAUUCUAUACAAAAAAAAACUUUCAUGGUUUAAGAGGGACCCUCUACUGAUGAAUAAAUGAUCAGAGUGUAUUGUAUGGUCACCAUAUAUAUUUAUACAGUGUUAUCAUAAUCCCACUUAAGCACAUCUUACACCCAUUUUGGCCAGUCUUUCUUCAUAAUUGAAUUCUCUGGACUUUAUUUCAAUAAUAUUCCUUUUUAAGCACUAGACUCCAAAAUUACAUAAUCUAGAUGGAGCCUUACCAGUGCUUUGGAAGAAAUAUCAUCUCCUCUUGAGAAUCUAUACUCCUUUAAAUACAGAAAAUCUAAUUGCUAUGUUCCUGCUGAUUCCAUGAGUUACAAAGUGCCAGUAUGCAGACACUAUAAUAAUGUGAUAUUUGAUAUGAGAUGAAUUUUGAAAGCAGUGUCAAAGCAGUAAUUUUAAUUGCCCCUUUAUUAGGAAAUGACACAAUUACUACCGGUGGAAUUUUUUGUCCACAAUUAAUUUUUUUGCACCAAAACUCAAAUUUUUUGAGCGAUUUACUGUGAACAAAACACAAAAAGAAGAAAAAGAAAAAAUAAACCAUCUGAAACUUUGUUGAGAUUAUGUAGAAGUCAAUGGCAGGUGUCCCAUUUAUAUCUGGUUGAUCUUUCUUUGCUUUGUGGUUUUAGAGGUUUUCUGGCUUGUUUUGACACUUGCAUUUGUGCGACAACACAAAUAAGUCGCAGGUUUCAUGUUUUUUCCAUGUGUUUUUUAUUUUUUGUGCUUUUUUAAUUCAGAUCUUUUAAUAAAUGACUGACAUUCAUGGAAAUUACUUUAGUUGUGGUUUCAAAAAAAACUCUUAAUGCACAAAAAUCAUAGUGUUGAUAAAUGGGCCUCAAUAUGUUUCAGACCUACACUUGAUAAAAAGGGACUUAGGUCUCGAAACAUGUAGUGUCAUUCCUAAUAAAGGGUUAUAGUUAAAAUCACUGCUUUUACUCUGCUUUCACCAUUCAUCUCACAUCACCCUUUAAAUACCCUUUUUAUAUCUAGGAUCCGUUAUCAGGAAGCACAUCAUCCAUGAUGUUCUAAACCGAAAAUGCUGGUCCUUGCAAUACCAUUUAAAUAAACAAUAUUUCUUGUUUAAUUUUGACCUCUUAUAAUAAGGUACUUUAUGUUUACAGGGCAACCGUAACCUUAGAUAAACCCUCUGGCUAUUUAUAUUGUAUGAAUACUGAGCUGCCCUUUGGUUCACUCCCCACAGUUAGCAGCUCUGUACCACUGAAGUUAAAAAUUCAAAAGUGUACGCAUUGCUCUCUAUCAGUCUACUUUUUAAUAAUAAUAGUAAUAAUAAUAAUAUUCAUCCAGGGCUUUAUUUGUCCUUUAAUUGUCUGUUUUGAUGGUAAAAACAGAUUUUUAGAUGGUACUCCACAUUAUUUAAUGUACCUUAUUUAAACACCUCCAUUCCCCCGAGGAUUUAACCUGUAUAUCAUACCGAAUACUCACCCUUGUGCCUGUUUUUUCCUUAGUUGCUACAAAAUAAUCCUUUUCUUUACAGACAGCUCAUCUCAUAUACUGUGCUCUUUUGUUUAAUUUCUUGUUUUGUUUACUCGGUACUGUAAGUCUUGAUUACUUAUCCUAUUCAAAGGAUGGGAUUUUGUUAGCCUGUACAAAUGUUUGGGAUGUGUUCUGUUUACAGUUCUAUAGAUUAAUAAAAUUAAUUCUGAUUACA